UUUUUUUUUUUUUUUUGCAAGAUGUGAUGUUCGCUGAUUUGUGUCACGAAAGCUAAAAAAAAUGGAGAUCGCGUGGAAAAUUGCGUUGAUGAUUAUUUCCCUCGGCACUUGUUGGGCUUCAUCAGCUUCGUCACACAACUCGACAGUGGGUCGGAUCAGAACCCGUCGACAUUGGCGUUUCGACGACACGCGAGUGUCGAAAGCUAUUUGCAUCUUGCGCUGUUUGAAAGACCAAGGAGCCAAAAACUUGUACAUCCCGUUUCCGGACCCGAGAGGAGUUUAUGCCCCCGUGUACACUUGUCCAGAGAAAUCCGUCUUCAGCUGUCCAAAGUGUGUGCAAGGAUGCCCAAACGGAUCUCCAAAUGCCAUCAGCAGGCAGAAGCUAAGUGAG